AUGUCGGGGGAAAAUAGAGACGGUUUAGAGGCGUUUAGAAAAGAGCACUGUGCCCUCCUUGGGCUUAUGGCACAUGCGGCGAGACAAUCGGUAGAUACUAGGAGUGGCGAGGUUGUGUUUGAAGGUAUCUGUUCCUCGGAGCCCGCACUAAAAGAAUUGUAUCCGGAGGUGGCAUUACUGUACAACAUUAAUCAAGUGCGUCGUGCCCUCCGCGGUCGACAGGCAUGCUCACCAGAAUCUAUGGCAUCCUUGUGUGACACCCUUUGCGCCGCACUACGGAGCAUUUAUGACGUCCUCCCUGACCCAUUGUUGCUCGUCGUUGCCGAGGCGGCGGAAAUGAUGCAACAGCGAGAUCCCUCAUGCCAUGCGUUGGAAUUAUAUAUCUUGAAGUUGGUGGAAUACAUUCAGUUGGUGCUCUUGCAAGAAACAAUGUCGUUGCAGCGGCGCGGGUUUUCCAUAACGUUGCGACUCAGAGAUGUCCCUCCUUUUGUUGCGUGA